CUGAAAUAAGGCGGGAGGGAUGCUAGUCCACCAAGGAAAUUCAAUCCAACCCGCAACCUCACCACUGUAAUUGUGUUAGAGGGACCUGAUAAACCUGGUUGUCCACGCUCACAGGUAGAUGAGUGAUAACUGUUUAAACAUGCUCCCUAAACCGAGUAAAGAGUCUGAAGUCACUGCAGCUGCAGGUCUGGAGGGAGCUAACUGAGUUAGCAUUAGCUAAUGGUGGCUGCAGCUGAGCCACACCUUCACACGUGGACAGGACAAGGCAGGCAAACAGUGUAAUUUACACCAGGCCUGAAGCUGCUGCAUGAUCAGCCUGUGAGUACUGUACAGUGCUGUAAGCGGAGGAAGAUGAUGGUCUCAUGAUGGUGACGGUGGUCGGCUCUGGUGAAUCCACUCCCAGCUGUCACAUCACACCUGGUUGGAGCCACAGCAGCCUCUCCCACCAGGACUGAGAGGGAUUUCACACUAAUCUAAUAUCCUCCACACAUCACUCAUCUGGGAAAAUCUUCCUGACGCUGGGCACGUUUCUUCAUCCUGAUUCCUGAAGGGUGGCAGACUCAUCUGGACCUCAGAGAUACACGUACAUUUGUGCUACAGAGACACAUGCCACCAACAACGCAGGCUCCUCCCCGGCGCCCCCCUCCCCCCCCACCCCCACCCUCACCCCAGACCGGAGCCAUUGACCUGGUAGCCCACAGAGCCAUAUGGUACGGCCGGGACGACGCUCCAUACAGUAAUUAGGGGGAUGGUGCCGGACACUUGGCUGUGCUGCAGUGUAGGUUAAGCAGCGUGACUGCCUUCCCCUCCCGUCAGCAUGAUUAAAGCGGUCAGUCUGAACUCACAGGUGGCCAGUGGAAGCAGCAGCAGCAGCAGCAGGCGCUGAAGAGUGCAGACGAAUGGGUGCCAUGUUAGAAGGGCUGAUAGAGACAGAGCCUCUCCUACACAGAGGACAGAGAGUCGGGCUCCAGUGAUGAUCCUCUCAUCCUCACACCGCAGGAAGGAGCACCCCGCAACCGGACCACCACCCAAACACACUCACGCGCACCUGCAACGAGACACACUUGCACAUUCUCCUCAAUCUUCUUCAUUCACACUUCAGAACUCUUGUGUGGCAGCUCACGGAGGCAUCUAUGAGAGCCCGAAGGGUUGAGAAAGUUCAGCCAUUUUAAGUGGUGUGAAUGAGGACUGUAUUUGCUGCUCACACAUUGUCUUCAUACACAGUUUCUCCCAUUUCACACCAGCACCAUAGAGACCAAGGACAGAGAUUUAACUGGGGAGAGCAGAGCGCUCUGGGACCAGAGUGGAGAAUAGAUAGUUAGACUGGUUCCUCAGGCAUCAUGCAGUCAGAUGACCUCUUCAUCCGCAAGUUUCGCCGUCAGAACAUGCGGCCGCCGAUCGCCACUGUCAAUUUUGACCCCAAGCGGGAAGCAGGUGUGGUGGAGUGGCCGCCCAGGAGGGAGGGCGAUGGAGCUGACGGAGACAGCCUCACUCCAAGCCGCGCAGGGUUAACCCUGAGGUCGGUGGGCCGCGGCCACAUCAUGCAGAGGAGCAACAGCGAUGUAACCUUGGGAGACUUGGACUCCUCCGGAAAGGCAGGGGGGAAAGCAGCUCGGGCGGUUGGUGAAAAGGUGGGCGCGGGUUCUCAGGGGGACUCGGGUGUACUGCUUCACAGGGAAUACGGCAGCCUGUCCUCACUGGAGAGACAGUCUCAAGCCCAGGAGCCGAGCACAGACGACCAGGGGCCCCUGAGCCCGAAUGCCCUCCGCUUCAAAGACCCUUUCCUGCUCUUAGGACUGCAAGGCAACCCUCCGGAGCCUGAUGGAUUCUUUCGGGGUCUGUCUCUUCCCGCAGGGGACUCCCCAAAACCUGCCAAGCCGCCGAAGCCUGAAGGUCUAAGUAAGAAGACCAAACCCGUGCCCCCUCAGAUCCCUCAACCAGGUCCAUAUGACAUAAUCGGGGGUGGGGCCUGGGUGAGGAACUUUGCCCACUACGACGUUCAGAGCAUCCUGUUUGACCUCACCGAGGCGGCUACAAACAGAGACAGCAUCGGGCGGAAAAAGAACAUCACCUCAGGGGCCUCCGCAGCCUCCCAGCUACGCCCACUCUCCCAAGCCACCCCGUCCUCACCUGCGCAGGGCGGGGGAAAUAACGGUGCGAACGCAGAUGACCCUGAGCAGUCGCUGCUGCUAGACGAAGGCGACGGCAAUGAUAACGAGCUUCUGCUCAGCUGCCCACACUUCCGCAACGAGACGGGGGGAGAGGAGCAGGUGGGUCUGGGUCGAUCCCAGUGGAGGCGGGGACUCUGGUCGAGCCUUCGGACCCCCAACGAUGCAGUGUCGGUCCUGGAGGAGCCCAGAGAGAGUCACGUCCAGCAGCAGGGCAAGAGCAACUACUUCAUAGAGCACGCAGAUCUGGGAGCACAUUACUAUCGCAAAUAUUUCUACAUGAAAGAACACCAGAAUUUCUUCGGCAUGGACGAUCGCCUCGGUCCAGUGGCCAUCAGCUUCCGUCGAGAGGAGAAAGAAGGAUCCAGCGGAGCUCAGUACAAUUGCAGAAUCAUCUUUCGCACCACAGAGAUGAAGACGCUGCGAGGUUCCAUCCUGGAGGAGUCAGUGCCUUCUGCCGCCCGUCACACGACCCCUAGGGGCUUGUCACCCAAGAGGCUGCUGGAGUUCAUCAUGCCUGAGCUGAACCUGCACUGCCUUCGCUUGGCCUCAAACUCCCCGAAGGUCCGGGACACCCUGCUGAAGCUGGAUGAACAGGGGCUGAAUUUCCAGCGAAAGGUCGGGGUGAUGUAUUGCCGGGCCGGGCAGAGCUCAGAGGAGGACAUGUACAACAACGAGAGCUCGGGGCCAGCGUUCGAGGAGUUUCUGGAUCUGCUGGGGGAGCGAGUGCGCCUCAAGGGCUGGGAGAAAUACCGAGCUCAGCUGGACAACAAGACGGACUCAACGGGGACACAUUCCCUCUACACGCGCUACCAGGACUAUGAGAUUAUGUUUCAUGUGUCCACCAUGCUGCCCUACACAGCCAACAACACACAACAGUUGCUGAGGAAGCGACACAUCGGUAACGACAUCGUGACAAUCGUGUUCCAGGAGCCAGGCGCCCUGCCCUUCACGCCAAAGUCCAUCCGCUCCCAUUUCCAGCAUGUCUUCAUCAUCGUCCAGGUUCACGAGCCCUGCACUGACAAAACCUAUUACAGGGUGGCUGUGACACGCUCUAAAGACAUCCCAUUAUUUGGCCCACUGUUCCCUAAGGGCGCACGCUUCCCUCGCUCGCCUGCCUUCAGAGACUUCCUCCUGGCAAAGGCAGUGAAUGCAGAAAACGCCGCAGAGAAGUCAGAGAAGUUCCGCUCCAUGGCCACCCGCACGCGACAGGAAUACCUGAAGGACCUGGCCGAAAACUACGUGACCACCACGCCCAUCGACUCCUCCACCAAGUUCCCGCUGCUCUCUCUGGGAGGCAAGCGCAAAGACAAGCUGAAGGGCGCCAAAGGGGCGGAGCUGCACAGCGCUGGGGCAUUAGUGUGGGCUGUGAUGGUCAACGGUGGAGAUGAUGGGGAGGCGGGAGAGCUCAGACUUCCCUGUCUGCUGGGGGUGUCGGCAGAGUCGGUGGUGCUCAUUGAGAGGUGCACACGCAGGGUGGUGUUUAACUGCUCCUGCAGAGAUGUCAUCGGCUGGAAGGCGGUGACGGAGACUAAGGAAGGGGGCCCAUGCUUGGAUAUCUUCUAUGAGCGCGGGGAGUCAGUGUCAAUCAGUGUGAUGGAGAGCCAGGCCGAGGAUAUACGAGAGGUGGUGCAGAGGCUAGAGCUGGUCACCCGAGGCUGCGAAGCUUUCGAGGUCACCCCCCUGCGCGACGGAGUCGGCCAGCCCGGCUUCCUGAUGAACGAGGAGGGCUUUGUGACGGAGCUACAGCGCUUCUGCUACGCCGAGAGCGGAGGCCUGCAGCUGUGGGCUCGUGUGGUGCGGCUGUGCGGACACUCGCUGGUUCACCUGAGCCCCGAGGAGAGGACCAGGCUGCUCCGCACUGCGCACAAGAUCCACAUCACUGUCAUCCCACCGGACGAGAACGGCAAGCCUCGCAGAAGUUUCUCCGAGCUCUACCAGAAAGCCAUCAAGGACGCGGAGUGCAAGCCCGGGGAGGAUCAGUCUGGAGAGGCCUGGGUGCUGGACGAGAGGGAAGAAGAAGAAGAAGAAGAAGAAGAAGAAGAGGAAGAGAAAGGGGAAGAGGAGAAAAUGAAGGCGGGUGUGGUCAGUGAACCGGACAUAAUGGAGGUGCAGGUGGAGGCCGAAGAGGGCGAGGCACAGCCGCGUGAAAAAGGGCAAAGCGAGAGAAGUCUCGGCUUGCUCCUCACGCCGCCCAGCUUACCGCUGCUACGGGCCACUUCUCUGCAGGACCAGCCAGCCAAUCAGAGCCAGGAGGGCAGCGGCUCACAGCUCACACGCAGCUGCUCGUUGGAGAGACGGCCAUCCCUCAGGGACACGUGUGAUGGGCAUGUGUACGACAACGUGGGGCUGAAGGUGGAACGCCACAUCUAUGAGAACGUCGGCGAGCUGAGGGAUGACACACCUGAUCUGAUCCUGGCCGUCAAACCCAAGGUUCCCCUGGAGGAAGAGCAGUUCAUGGCCGCUGACUUCGGCGAUGACAAAGCCUCGGCGAGUGACUCGUCUUCCCGUCUGUCGUGUGUGGACCGAGCUGAGAGGAAUUCACGAGCCCUGAGUCUUCAUAACUCCAUCACCAAGAUUCUCUCGGAGACGACAGACUCUACUGAGGAGGAGUGGCAGUCCAUCGCUGACCUGGCCACGGCCUGCCGCAGCAUCCUGGAGGCUUUGUCACGAGAGGACCGUAAAGCCGCAGACCCCUCCCAAGCCGGAGACCAGACGGAUAGCAAGCUGAAAGACUCAAAGGAGAGUGACUCUCCAGGCCACCUAGAAGAGAAGGUAUCGCAGCUGGAAGCCAUGCUGAGGAAGCUGCAGGAUGACCUGCAAAAGGAGAAAGAGGACAAGGCGGUGCUGCAGGCCGAGGUGCAGAGCCUCCGGCAGAACAACCAGCGGCUGCAGGAGGAGUCGCAGAGCACGGUGGCUCGCCUCAUCAAAGUCACUGAGCUGCUGUGCAACGUCAACAAGCCCUGUUAGCCUCUCCUCUCCUCUACUCACCUCGCCUCGCCGCGGCACGCACAAACACACAAAUCAGCAGAGGGAAAGAUGCAAAUCGUGCAGCGUGCUUGUACGCUCAGUAUACUUAUUUUGUUCGUGCAUAUUUGCAAAAAGCAGACACAUACACACACGCAAAAACACACACAUCCUCCUCAAACUGUGUGUCUCAUUCCUGAAUCCUGGACCUGCCAGUUGGUGAGGGAGUAUGCAAAUCAACUCAUACAAAAGACAUUCUCCACAUCCCUUCAUAGACUGACCAAUGGGCAGCUCCCAGGCUGCCGCGUUGGCGUGCUAUGCCAGAGUGCUUCUCUUGUUGUGUAUGUUACAGUAUGUGUGCCGCAUGUGUGCGCGCGUGUGCCUCAGUGUGUGUGUGUGUAUGUGUGUAUGUGUGUGUGCAUCUCUUACUGUACCUUGCUUCAAAUACUUGACGAGCUGGGCUGAAAUAGCACUUGCAUAAAAGAAAAAAAAAGUGGCAAUGAAGACUGAGAGACACUGUAUAGCAUGUUUGGUGGUGUCUUAUCUGAAAUGACCAAAAGUGUAUAUAUAUAUCACCAGUAGUAUAUGUGAACAGUAGUAUUGCUAUCCUCUCUGCCGGACGUGUAGUUGCAAUGUGUGAGUGUGUGUGCUCAUAGUGUGAGAGGCCUCGCGACAAAAACACAAGUAAAAAAAAGGGGGGUGGACAUGUCAAUGACGAGCCUGCAAGGCUGCCUUCUACUUCAAAACAUGUCAUGAUGCUGAGUGACUGGCCUCAGAGCAGCGUCCGUUACGUAAGGACAUCACUCUCCGCCCUCAUCACUUCUCAGUAGUACUGUAUUUAAGACAGUUUGUAGGGAGAGGGGAAGAAAAAAAAAACAUACAUGAAAGGGACGUAAACCGGAAAUGUCCCCCCUGAGGAAAAAAAAAAAAAAAAAGAAAUGAACUAAGCAUGCUUGUUCCUCCUGGAAGUACGUAUGAAAACAAUAUUAAAGGGGUCGUACCUCUCCCGAAGACACAGACAAUGGCAGGAAAAAGAAAUGCUUCAGCUUCCUUCCAUGAUAGCCUGUAGCUGUUUUCUUCUAACCUCACUCUUGUAGCAGCCAUACUGUAGAAGAUCUCCUCCUGCUGGCCUGAACCACACAAUGCCAAAACGGCAGCUUUUUUUUUUUUUUCCUUUUUCAGCUGGCAAAAUAGCUUUAGGUGUCUGAAUAAAAACACCUUGAACUCAUAGUGAAAUACAGAAAUAUUGUAUUUAAGAUAUGUUUUUGUGUUUUUGGCAGAUGUCUACAGUGACUAUUUUGGAGUUUAAUUGUUUGGUAUGGCUUCUGAGUGGUAGGUGAAAUCUUACCGUUCCACCCCUGAUGUGUGUUUGUGUACGUUUCUGUGUCAUUCUUGCACUUUUUUUUCCUUUUCUUAUGUAACAUCAGCACUGGACAGGGCACAUGCUGUAUUUUUCAUUUAGCCUCACUCAACAGAAGAAGGUGGAGAAGCUCUCACUCACCCCCCCCCCCAACUCUCCUGGCACCACCUUCCUUACCUCAUCUUUUUUUUGUGUGUGUCCACCGCUGACGGCGCCAAUAAACAAACAAACAAACAAGCAAACAAACAAACAAACAAACAAGUGUUUUAGAGGAGUCGGACUGCUUCUCCUCAGUGCCAACGAAAAAGCCCAGGCAGCUCUCCUGAAUCCCGCCGAAAUCAAUCAAACCGAACUGAACUGACUGAAAAAAAAAAGGGAUGCCAAACGUUCACCGGUCACUCAGACUCUCUUGUUUCUUCUUGUACAGACUUCCUCUUGUAAUUUUAUUUUAGAGUCACUGUGAAUACCUGGUACCAGCAUAUUAAGAUAUAUACAGAUUAAAUUAUGAAUCUUUAUCAGUAUGUGAAGAUACUGUAUGUACAGUUCCAUGUUACUUAGUGCAUUGGGUUGUGUACGCCCUCCUUUUGCAGGAUGAUUAUGCAGACAAAAAGUGUUGAUAUCCGCAGGCCCCCCUCCCCUCUCCCCUCCCUGUUUCACCCCCACCGGGAGCCUUCGCGACUGAACAGGGAGACGUCCGCGCCAGAAGACCUGUUCUACUGUGUCUUGUAUAGUUAUUUAGAUUGUAGGAGGUUGAUCAAGCAUGAGAAUGUGCCAAGCAACUUCCAAGCUCCCCACCCCCACCUCUCCCUCCCUCCUCUCUGUAUGUGUGUAUGUAUAAAAAUGUAACUUAUUAAUCAUGCAAAUGUGGAUUUUCUUGUAGCUGUUUAAACUGGAGGAACCGAAAAAAAAAAAAAAAGAAAAUGUGAAAUAGGGCAGAAAGGAAUUGGUGGGCUUGGUUAUGAAUUUUUUUUCUUUUUUUUUUUUUUUGUAGAGAACCAACAAUGAUAU